AUGGCGGCGGCGCAACGGCGGCGGCGGGCUUCGAGGGGGCGGCCCAGACAGCGUCCGAGGUUGCCGGGUCUGCGGGUGGUACGCUGGCGGCGGGCAGCCCCGUGGCGGCGGGCGCUGUGGCUUCUGGCCCUGGGAACCUCGCUGGGUCUGCUCCUGGCGUGGUCGUCUAAUCGGCUUCUGCAUUGGCUGGCCUUCCCGUCUCACACGACGGUGCGCACCGAGUGGAGCCGUCAGCUGGCCUUCCCCGCCGUCACGUUGUGCAACAAUAAUCCGCUCCGUUUCCCGCGCCUCUCCAAAGGCGACCUCUACUACGCCGGCAACUGGCUCGGCCUUCUUCUGCCCAACCGGACGGCGCGGCCGCUGCUUGCUGAGCUCCUGCGCGCCGAACCGGAGCGCCUGCGUUGGUUCGCCAAGUUGGCCGACUUCCGGCUCUUCUUGCCACCGCGCCACUUCGGUGGCAUCAGCGAAGAGUUCGUCGAUCGUCUCGGGCACCGCCUCGACGACAUGCUCCUCUCCUGCAAGUUCCGAGGCGAAAUGUGCGGCCCGCACAACUUCUCCGCUGUGUUUACGAAAUAUGGGAAAUGCUACAUGUUUAACUCAGGAGAAGAGGGGCAUCCACUGUUGACCACGUUCAAGGGUGGGACAGGCAAUGGCCUGGAGAUAAUGCUGGACAUUCAGCAAGAUGAGUACUUGCCAAUAUGGGGAGAAACAGAUGAAACAACAUUUGAAGCAGGAGUCAAAGUCCAAAUCCACAGUCAGUCGGAGCCUCCAUUUGUUCAAGAACUGGGGUUUGGUGUGGCACCUGGUUUCCAAACUUUCGUAGCCAUGCAAGAACAAAGGCUGACAUACCUUCCACCUCCAUGGGGUGAGUGCCACUCAUCAGAUUUUGGCCUGGAAUUUUUCCCCAUCUAUAGCAUCACUGCAUGCAGGAUCAGUUGUGAGACCCGCUACGUGGUAGAGAAUUGCAAUUGCAAAAUGGUUCACAUGCCAGGGGAUGCUCCAUUUUGUACACCGGAGCAGUAUAAGGAGUGUGCAGAGCCUGCACUAGUGCUUCUCGGUGAAAAGGGAAAUGAUUAUUGUGAGUGCCAAACCCCAUGCAAUUUGACCCGUUACAACAAGGAGCUGUCCAUGGUUAAGAUCCCCAGCAAGACCUCAGCUAAAUACCUUGAGAAGAAGUUUAACAAGUCAGAGAAAUAUAUCUCGGAGAAUAUACUUGUACUGGAUAUAUUCUUUGAAGCUCUUAACUAUGAGACCAUUGAGCAGAGGAAAGCCUAUGAAGUGGCAGCAUUACUUGGUGAUAUUGGGGGUCAGAUGGGUCUUUUUAUUGGUGCUAGUAUCCUCACUAUUCUGGAAAUAUUUGACUAUAUUUAUGAGCUGAUCAAAGAGAAAUUGUUUGAUCUUCUUGGCCCAGAGGAGGAAGAAGGAAGCCAUGAUGAGAAUGUGAGCACGUGUGAGCCCUUGUCAAACCAUUCUGAUCCCACGAGCCACACUGUGACAGUCCCACUGCAGACAACACUUGGCACGUUGGAAGAAAUUGCGUGCUGACAAUGCUUCCUCAGCACUAUGGAUGGCAGAACCUACAAAAGCCAGGGAAUCCUACUCAGGCUCACUAACAGGGUGGGGGAACCACUGAGGAAUU